AAAGUAUUUUUGUUGAUUAAAUUAAUUAAAUGAAGUCUUUACUCUGUAAAUUGUUUUGUUAUGUGAAAAAGGAACAUGAUUAUCACCUUAAAAUCUUCUAAUUACUUGAGAUCUUUUCCCAAUCAACAGAAACGUUUCUUCUCUAAUUGUGAUCAUAUUUACUAUGGAACAACGAGUCUAACCCGUGAAUAUUUGUAUAUAAAAAACCAAAGGAUAAAAGUCAAGCCCAAAGUUGUUGACAAGAAAAAUUUAUAUUCAUGUUUAUAUAUUUGACUAUUCUCUUUAUGGUGAAGAGGAUAAAUUUAUUAAAUCAGCGCUCUUAAUUCGCGCUAUUACUCGUACGCACCAAGUGUGAGUGUAAAAGUGCAAAAGGAAAAAAAGUGACAUCAACACACACAAUUAACACACGAUUUUAUGAGAAUUUCAUUUCAUCUCAUCUCUCUGAUUCUUCUCUUUGUUUUUAUUUGAAUUAUUAUUUUGUUUUUAAAUGUUUUGUUUCAUCGUUUUUGGAAAUUAUUCUUCUUAUCAUCAUCAUCUCUAUUAAAUUUAAAAGGAUCUAUCAUAUAUAUAUAUAUAUAUUCUAAGUGUCAAUAUUCUAAAAACAAAUUAUGGUUAAACCCGAUAUUUUAACUCCGAUCAAGUGUGAACCUCCAAGCCCAUGUAGUGGUGGUGAGGGCAAUAGUGUCAGUGGUGACCUGGAAACUGAAUAUAUCAGUGUACCAACAUCUCCCAGUGCAGUUGUAGCUAUGUCAUCUUUUGAUUACGACAAUUCCCCUGAAAACUCUGGCUCUGAAUGGGCUGAACGAUCACCAGACGAGGAUAGACUUCGCAUGGAAUCACCUCCAUUAGGUUCAUCAACCCCCGGUGGCCUUAAUUAUGCUGGUGUUUCACCAAGUCACGGGUCAAAUUAUCCUAUGGAUAAAAAAUCACUCGAAAUGUGUGUAGUUUGUGGUGACAAAGCCUCAGGUCGUCAUUAUGGUGCAAUAUCUUGUGAGGGAUGUAAAGGAUUUUUUAAACGAAGUGUUCGUAAACAGUUAAGUUAUGUUUGUCGAGCAAACCAGGACUGUGAGGUGACCAAACACCAUCGUAAUCGAUGUCAGUAUUGUCGACUUCAAAAAUGUUUACAUAUGGGAAUGCGAGCGGACCAUUGUCAACCAGAACGGAAACCACUUGCUUUAGAGUACAAUAAUAAUAAUAAUAAUAACAAUAAUAACCUUCAUAAUUCUGGAAAUGUUAUUAGUAAUCUUAACUCAUUAGUGCCUAAUAUACGGCCUUUAAGUGCUGCUGCCGCAGCAGCAGUUGCCGCUGCGACUGGAUCUCUGUCAACGGUGGCCUCGUCAUCUUCACCAUCCAAUAAUUCAAUGGUAAUCAAUCACCAUCGAGCCAUCUUUCCUAAACCAACUUCCAAUCAACCCGAACUGGCAAGCCUAUUAGAAAGUAACCAUCCGACCAGUGGAGGGGGCAAUGGAGGAGAUGGUAAUUCCUCUGGUGGUAAUGGAUCAGCUGUUGCAACGUCAACCAGUAAUGGCGAUUUAAGCACCUUAGCGAAUGUUUUAUCUAAUUUGGUCGCCUUCAGAGCUAAUCAUAACGACAGUAAUGCUAAUUCUGUAGAAACAAGUAUGAGACCUUUACUUAAAGCAGCAAGUAAUGUAAUCGGUAAUGGAUCCAUGAGUGGAGGCAAUGGUAACAAUGGUGCUGCUGGAGGAAGUGGCAAUACAAGCGGAAGCGGUUCAGGAAAUGAGUCAAGUGAAGAGAAACAAGCUCGAGCCAAUAGUCUAAUGAUUUCCAAGGCAGCUUUUGAUUUAAUGGCUAAAAUAGCAUGUGGAACGGGAUUAAGUUCCGAAGGAGCUGCUCUACUUUUUGGUGCAAUGGAUUUCGCUUCUGGAGGUCCUAAUUCAAGUGAAAGUGAAGACUUAUUUGAAUUAGAGGGAACCCUUCUUAAUGAGGCUCAUUAUCAAUUUAAUUUAACUCCGCCCAGCACUGGAACUUCAACAUUUUUGUCACUUCAGUAUAUCUGUGAAAGUGCUUCUCGUUUACUAUUUCUAUCCGUUCAUUGGGCUCAAUCAGUCCAAGCCUUCCAAUUACUCUCCAUUGACGUUCAAACCUCUCUGAUUCGAGGUUGCUGGUGUCAACUUUUCGUCCUUGGUCUUGCCCAAUGUUCCCAAGUAAUGUCUUUGACAACCAUUUUGUCAGCCAUUGUAACCCAUUUACAGACAACACUACAACAAGAUAAACUCUCGGUUCAAAGAGUUAAGCAGGUUACCGAUCAUAUAUGUAAACUUCAAGAUUUCGUCAACUCCAUCCAAAGAUUAGAGAUUGACGAUCGUGAAUAUGCAUAUCUAAAAGCAAUUGUUCUGUUUAGUCCCGAAAAUUUGGCCAUCAGUCAAUUAUUAUGUUGCCGUCAAAUAGAAAAGUUUCAAGAAAAAGCCGUUAAUGAACUUCGUAACUAUGUCACCGAGACCGUUCUAGGUGACGAUGCCUUAAGCCGUUUCGGUAAACUUUUACUCCGUCUAAUGCCACUACGAAGCCUUCUUCCUAGUAUAACUGAGGAGCUAUUUUUUUCUGGUCUUGUUGGAAAUGUUCAGAUUGAAAGUAUCAUUCCUUAUAUAUUAAAAAUGGAUUCCAGUGAAUUUACCAAUUAAGGUAAAUCUUCAUUUGGCUCUCUUAUCAUAAUCUAAUCAACUAAAUCCUUCACUUUCACGUUUUUGUUUUCAAAACUUGUCUAUCAAACUACUAUAUAAAUCAUAAUCAUCAUCUUAAUCAUCUUGAACAUCAUUUAACGACGACAACAAAAUAAACGUUAAAUAUUACCAAAUCAAAACAA